CUGGAUUUGGCGCGAGCAAGGCGCUGCGGCUGGGUAUAGCCUAAUUGAUACCAGCCUGAGGGUAAGAUACAUUUGUCCGGAAUCUGCCUGGGCGUUAGGCCCUCUGAAUGUACAUAUGUAGCAGCUAGAACUGGCAAGAAAGACAAAGGUAACAUACUGUAAGAUCCAAGGAGGGAAUGCAGCGCAAACGGGCCAGGGAGUAGGUAGAAGCUCGCCGUAAAUGUGCCUUUGACUCAAGCACAGCCUGCAAGGAGUCAUUGGAGAAAACCGGCGUCGCAUAAUGUGAUAGCCCUGUUCAAGACGAGUGGCCAAGCUUUCGUUGCGCGUUCUGAUAAGAGUGAUCCGCUUCAUCCAUGGCGCUGGCGUUCAAAGACGCCGCUGUGGCUGAACAGGCUCUUUGCUUUGCCUCUCAGAAGACGGGGCUUCCAAAUGGUGGUGAAAUGCAGAAGUGCUCUUCAUAUAUGAAUGUCCCAUGUCAAGCUGGACCAGCAACAUGUGCUGGCAUUGCAAAGCUGAGAGCGGUCAGAGAGGGCAGGUUUUUGAGUAGCGGCGAAUUGGGACACAGACUAUUGAGGCCCCGGUGCCUUCCUGGAGGGCAAUGUCUUCAUAUCGGGACUGGGCGAGGGAAGCGGUGUUGCUCACCGGCAUUAAGAAGUGGUGCAAUCAAGAUAGCAGCACCCGACGUCGCUGACAUCAUAACGGAUGGUGCUGCGGAAGGCAGGGUGCUCGAGCCCCUUGUUGAUCAAGCUGGGGGAAGAAUGCAGGGACUCAGUAGUGUAGCUGGAUCAUAUGACAUCGUGAUCCUUACCAAUGGGCCCGGGGAAGUGGCAGCCUGGGUGAAACCAGUGGUCAAGGCACUCAGAAGGGGAUUUGGAGAAGACAGAGAGAAGCUCAGGAUCUCGGUUGUGCUCUCUCCUUGCCCCCACGCUUCUCAGCAAGAGGCUGCCCUAGUACGCUCGUUCCCAGAAGUUGACCGCUGCCAGGAAGCCCGGCACUUCACGUCGCUCUUGGUGUGGGGGCAGACUGCAGAGGGCUGGGACUGGCGCAAGAAUGGGGUGUCCCUGUUCCUGGGAGGAGAUCAGUUCAAUGCGUUGGUGUUAGGCUGGCGACUUGGCUACAAGACGGUUCUAUACGCUGAGGAGGCUGUUCGGUGGGCCUGGCUCGCCGACGCCUACUUCCUGCGCAACGCGUCUCUUCUAACUGGCGUCCCCUCCUUUGCGCAAAAGCGCUGCGAAAUAGUAGGGGAUCUCUUCGUAGACGCGGUCAGUGAAGAUAGAAAAGCCAGCUUCGGCGAGACCGUAGCCGCAGCUAACCUCAACACCCCCAAACAGAGUUUUAACACGAGUAGAGAAAGGCAAGCCGAUGUGGAGCGUUCUUCUGCCGGCUCGAACGAAAGCACAAACGGGGCAGCGAAUCUAGACCUAGAAACGGCGGUUCCUGGGACGAGGGACUUCAGCACAGAGGACGCCGAUCGUAUUCGAAGUCACUCAGAGGCUGGCACACGGGAACAACUGAAGGGCCAUUUUACGGUCGGGAUUCUGCCCGGUUCGAAGCCAGCGAAGCUAGGGCUCGGGGUGCCGUACUUCCUGGCGGCUGUCGACCGGAUACGUGCCGAAUCUCCGGACGUCCGAUUCGUACUGCCGCUAGCUCCCACGGUCAGCCUGGAAGAGCUGGCCGCGCAGGCCUGCCCGGACCGGAACCCCAACAUACACCAGUUUGGUUGGACGUCCGCAAACCUUGCGUUGCUCGCAUCGUCACAUUCUUCCCGCUUCACGCCGGACCCAAGCGGGGCUCCGGUGGCCAUUCUCACCACCCCGGGGGGGGCGAGAGUGGAGGUGUAUCACCACUUUCCCGCAUACGACGUCUUUAGAGAGUGCGACGUCUGCCUAACAACGAUUGGCACCAACACGGCGGAGCUGGGCUCUUUGGCGGUCCCCAUGAUUGUUGUGCUCCCAACGCACUCCCUCGAGGUCUUCCGUGGCGCGACCGGCGGCAUCGGCGGGCUGCUUGCCAAUCUUCCCGGUCCCGUUGGGGACGUGGCGGCGCGCGUGGUAAACGGGGCGCUGCUCAAGAGCGCCGGCUUCAUCGCGUGGCCCAACAGGUGGGCCAAAGAAGCCGUUGUUCCUGAGCUGGUUGGCCGCAUCGAACCGAACGAGGUGGCUGCCGUCGUGCUGGAUCACAUGCGGAAUCCGGCAAAGCUACAGUCGAUGAAAGAGCGGUUACGAUCUCUGAACCAGGGCUUGGCCGGGGAGGCUGCUUCUGGAGAAGGAGCUGCCGAGCGGAUAGCUCAACAUAUAAAAGACCUUUUGGAGCCGAGGGGACAAAAACCUUUGUUGAACGGAUAGGGUGUGCGUGCCCACACCCUAAAUGUGCUGGAAAGUGGCAUGUAUGAGUCGACU